UCGUGCGGCUCGCACAUCACAGCGGAUGCGACGCUUUCAUAAUUCAGCCCAGUUCACACUCACAGCCGCGAAAAGUGCUUUCGGCGGGUUUGGUUAAAAUGGCGCUGUUGCUAAGAGCGGAAAAUUGCCGCGCGAACGACAACAGCAGGUAGAAGGCGACUCCCAGUCGGCGCUCGCUUGUAGAAGAUUGCUUGGCGCAAUGGCGGCUUUGGACCAGAAGUCGCCUAACGUCCUUUUGCAGAGCCUUUGUUGCAGGAUCACUGGGAAAAGCGAAGCUGAAGUGGCCCACCAGUUCCAGUAUGCCGUCAGGGUGAUCGGGAGCAACUACGCCCCCACCAUCGAGCGUGACGAGUUCUUGGUCUCAGAGAAGAUCAAGAAAGAGUUGCUCAAGCAGAGGCGCGAGGCUGACGCGGCCCUCUUCUCAGAACUGCACCGGAAACUCCAGACGCAGGGGGUGCUCAAGCACAGGUGGUCCAUCCUAUACCUUCUUCUGAGCCUGUGUGAGGAUCCGCGUAAGCCAUGCAGCCGGGUGGCCGGCUAUGGCUCCAUGUUCGCCCAGGCCUUGCCCCGGGAUGCCCACUCUACCCCGUUCUACUGCGCCCGUCCCCAGAGCCUUUCUCUGGGCCACCCAGAGCGCUCCUCCACCCUGGGUACCAGUGGCAUCAGCAGCCUUGGCACGCACACCCUCAACGGACCCACCCUCACUCCCCAAGCCCUGCUGUCGGGGGCCCCGGCCCAGGUGUUGGGGGACUCUCUGCGGCAGCCUGGGACUCGCCUGGCCUGGACCCUGGCUCCUGGAACCUCGCCCUCAGCCACAGCACCUACCUCACGAGGCCCCCCCGCCCCGCCAGCGCUUGCGGCCAGGACCCAGCUGAGGCCACGGCGAGACGGUGACGAAAACGGUGAGAUUGCCGAAUCUGCCCUCGUCCGGGACAUCCUCUACGUCUUCCAGGGAAUCGACGGCAAGUUCAUCAAAAUGUGCACCCCUGAGAACUGUUACAAAAUAGACACUAAGGUGCCCCUGUCCAAGUCGCUACGGGACCUCAGCAGCCGUUUGUCAGAGCUUGGCUGGCUGCACAACAAAGUGCGGAAAUAUACAGAUGCCCGGAGCCUAGACCGGGCCUUUGGCCUGGUGGGUCAGAGCUUCUGCGCUGCCCUCCAUCAGGAGCUGAAGGAAUACUACCGGUUGCUAUCUGUCCUGCACUCACAGCUGCAGUUGGAGGACGACCAGGGUGUCAACGUCGGGGGGGAGUGCAGCCUGACCCUCCGCAGGCUCCUCGUAUGGACCUAUGAUCCCAAGGUCCGGCUCAAGACGCUGGCGACGCUGGUGGAUUACUGCCAAGGACGUAAAGGAGGGGAGCUGGCCUCAGCAGUGCACGCCUACGGGAAGACGGGGGACCCCUCCAUGCGUGCACUGGUGCAGCACGUCCUGGCUCUGGUGUCGCACCCCAUCCUCAACUUCCUGUACCGCUGGAUCUAUGAUGGGGAGCUGGAGGACACCUACCAUGAGUUCUUUGUGGCCUCUGACCCUACCGUGAAGACGGACAGGCUGUGGCACGACAAGUACACGCUGCGCAAGUCCAUGAUCCCCUCAUUCAUCACCAUGGAUCAAUCCAGGAAGGUUCUGCUCAUUGGAAAGUCAAUCAACUUCCUGCAUCAGGUCUGCCAUGACAGAACGCCGCCCGGGAAGAUCACGCCUGGGUCGAAGGACAUUGACUCCCCUAGGGAUGCAGCCGAGCUCUUCACCGACCUGGAGGGUGCGUUCCAGGGCAAGAUCGACGCAGCGUACUUCGAGACCAGCAAGUACCUGCUGGACAUCCUGAACAAGAAGUACUCUCUGCUGGAACACCUGCAGGCCAUGCGACGUUACCUCCUGCUGGGCCAGGGGGACUUCAUCCGCCACCUCAUGGACCUGCUGAAGCCUGAAUUGGCACGUCCAGCUACCACGCUCUACCAGCACAACCUAACGGGCAUCCUGGAGACCGCAGUGAGAGCCACCAACGCGCAGUUCGACAGUCCCGAGAUCCUUAAGCGGCUGGACGUCCGGCUCUUGGAGGUGUCGCCAGGAGAUACUGGCUGGGAUGUCUUCAGCUUGGACUACCAUGUGGAUGGACCAAUCGCCACGGUUUUCACGCGCGAGUGCAUGAGCUGUUAUCUGCGCGUCUUCAACUUCCUGUGGCGCGCCAAGCGCAUGGAGUACAUCCUCACGGACAUCUGGAAAGGCCAGAUGUGCAGCGGCAAGCUGCUGAAGGGCAUGCCAGAGCUGUCAGGGGUGCUGCACCAGUGUCACGUUCUGGCCUCUGAGAUGGUUCACUUUAUCCAUCAGAUGCAGUACUACAUCACCUUCGAGGUUCUUGAAUGCUCAUGGGACGAGCUGUGGAACAAGGUCCAGCAGGCCCAGGACCUUGACCAAGUUAUCGCCGCCCAUGAGAUUUUCCUGAGCACCAUAAUCUCCCGCUGCUUACUGGACACUAACAGCAGGUCCCUGCUGAACCAGCUGAGGGCCAUCUUCGACCAGAUCAUCGAGUUCCAGAAUGCGCAGGAUGCCCUCUACCGCUCCGCCUUCGAGGACAGGAAGCAGCAACGGGAGGGCGAGGGGGAGUGGGGGGUGUCGGCUGCCGAAGAGGCAGAGGAGAAGAAGCGAGUCCAGAAGUUCCAGGAGACAAUACCAAAAAUGUGCUCACAACUCAGAAUACUGACACAUUUCUACCAGGGGAUCGUGCAGCAGUUCCUGGUUCUCCUCAUGAGCAGUUCAGACGAGAGUCUCCAGUUUCUCAGCUUCCGCCUGGACUUCAAUGAGCACUACAAGGCCAGGGACCCCCGCCUGCGCGUCUCUCUCGGAGCCACCAGGGGGAGGCGGAGCUCCAACAUUUAAUGGGAUGCUUGGGCCCACGGCCAUCUCCUCCUCCUCGGUUUUGAUAAAUUAAAGUGUAAACACACACCUGGUCAAUAGGGCUACAUGGAAUUUAAUCCACUGUCAGGCAAACAAAAAAAACAUCACAAAACCACAUGUCUGCUUUACCCAUCAUGCUGCCAAAA